CUGGAGGGGGGAAUUGUAAUUAGGAGGUGGGGCACACACCACUCUGGUAGGGGCAGAUCAAAACUUAAGUGUGUGUGAUCUCUAGUAGGUAGUCCCCCCACAUGGGGGAUGGGCAAAGAGAGAGUGUGGGGGAGAGGCAGGAAGCGGGCAACUAGACUAACAAAGGUGCCUGUGGCGGUUUGCCCAUCCCAGGUGGGAGGGCGGAGUCUAGGGCUCAGCCCUGGCCUUGGGUGACUUUACUUGUGGCCUGGGGGCUUGGAGAGAGCGCCAAUCAAGAGUUAGGGCCCCAUUUCAGCUAUUCCAUGGCUGGUGAAUGGGGGCUGCAGACAAUGUCUGGGACCAUGGGCUGUUGCAGCUCAAACCCUGAAGAUGACUGGAUGGAAAACAUCGAUGUAUGUGAGAACUGCCAUUACCCCAUAGUCCCACUGGAUGGCAAAGCCACGCUGCCUAUUCGGAAUGGCUCUGAGGUGCGGGAUCCACUGGUCACCUACGAGGGCUCCAACCCCCCGGCUUCCCCACUGCAAGACAACCUGGUUAUCGCCCUGCACAGCUAUGAGCCCUCUCACGACGGAGACCUGGGCUUUGAGAAGGGUGAACAGCUCCGUAUUCUGGAACAGUCACUCCUCUAUGUUCAGCUCUCAUUCUUCCUUUCCACAUGUCAGAUACUGCUUCUAGACCCCCAGCUAGGGGAGAAGAAUCUGGGAGCCCCCCUUUGGGGCAACUUGGGUCAACAACUCUUGCUUCUGACCACAGGGAGCCUGGUGGAUUUUCUCAAGACCCCUGCAGGCAUCAAGCUGACCAUCAACAAACUCUUGGAUAUGGCAGCCCAAAUUGCAGAGGGCAUGGCAUUCAUUGAAGAGCGCAAUUAUAUCCACCGUGACCUGAGGGCUGCCAACAUCCUGGUGUCUGACACGCUGAGCUGCAAGAUCGCAGACUUUGGCCUAGCACGACUCAUUGAGGACAAUGAGUACACAGCCAGGGAGGGAGCCAAGUUUCCCAUUAAGUGGACAGCACCAGAAGCCAUUAACUAUGGGACCUUCACCAUCAAGUCGGACGUGUGGUCUUUUGGGAUCCUGCUGACAGAGAUUGUCACCCAUGGACGCAUCCCUUACCCAGGUCAGGGCCAAGGACAGGAACUGAAAAGGGUGAUGGGGAAGGGUGGCAAAAUCCAUGUCUUUAUACUCACUUCUUCCUAG